AGAACGUAUCCUGGGCAAGCGCGGUCGAUUGCAAUAAGUCAGCCCGACCUUCGUCACUAGACAGACAGAGACCGUCUUCAACACAAGUGUGCUGCUGGCUCAGUUAGUUAUGGCGGACGUGUGUGACGGCGUGUUGCAAACUUUCGUUGGUAACGGAAAGAAAAUCGACUUGUUUAUUAACAGCGGAGUAUUGAGAGUUGUUGGUAAUAGUUGUUUUGUAACCGUCACCCGGAACGAAGGGCAGAUUGUGAUCACGGGCAACAAGGGACACUUGCAAGUGAUUGAGAACAGGGGCUAUAUCGGUUAUACUGGAAAUCGCGGUUUGGUUGAAGUGGGGACAGUUUCCAAAGGCAUCGGACGAGUGGUGUACACCGGAAAUGGUGGAAAGGUGAAGAAAAUGACGACGAAUGGGCUCGAUGGGAAGUGUGGUGUAGAACCAAGCGGUACAACAAAUCCAUCUCCAUCAAAGCAAGAAGAUGCACAUCAGGGUGAAACUGUAGGCACGCGUAAUGAACUCAUUGUGAAUGGCGUUGAAGUGUGCUUCAAUUCGAACUCAAAAAAGGACAGCCAUCAAGGGGUAACCAAGGAAAAUGUAAACCCCGAGAAGCUCAGAAGGACAUCGAGGGAGUCAGGAAACUGCUGUUGCCAUGGAUCAAAAAAGAUCUGGCGGCAGAUAUCCAGUAAAAUCGGCGAAGAAGAGGCUGAAAUUUUGACGUCGCGUCUGAGAGACCUUCAAGCUGUCAACCUGACAAGCUUUGAACUUGAGAAUUGGUGUUUGAAUCUAGCAACAGAACUGAUUUCUUUGUAACUGAGUGAGUGAAAGUUGCGUGGAACGGUGAUCUUAAAAAUGGGUUAGAAGUUCCUACAUAAAUAUAUUGUUAACACACGCGGCUGAAUGGUUUAAACUGUAAUAUCGGUUUUUAAAGUUUCCAAAGAUAGUCUGUCGGUCUGUUACAGUUUCAUUGUGUUCUUGCAAAUUCAUGGUACCAAUUGUAAGCAUGAAAUGCAUUUGUGAGUAUUCAGGUGAUAAUUUUGUUUUAUAUGUAAGAUUUAAGGAACUUUUUACUUUUAUAUUUUCCAAAAGAAAUAUGAAUGUUCAGUAUUCACAAAGAAAAUAGCAUAUGCGCCACAGUGCAAUUAACUACCUCAGUAUCAAGUUAAGAAAAAAUUAUUCAAUACUGUAAACAUAUCAAAACACGUUUUAUGGUUGGAUAAGAUGCGCUUUCUAAGUCCAGUUAAGAAGGCAAUAAGUUCAUCAGAGCUCGGUUGACAGAACUAAGCACUGAUAAUGUAAUUGAUUGUGUUUCAGUUAUAUCUUCCAAGACAGUCAUUAAAAUUUUCAGUAGUCAUUUUCAGCUUACGUCAAAAUAAUGAAUUUCUAAAAGUAAGAGUCAUUGUCUGUUUUGCAGCAUCGAGUUUCGCAGGUUUGAUAUGUUUGCAGUAAGUGCAUUUUAAUAGUCGUCAGUUAAGACUGAAUUCUAUAUGUCUAGAUGAAAAGUACACUUCAGAUGACUGAUUUCUUAUUUCUUAUUUAUUUACGGAUUACCCGUCCAUAAUUCUCACGACAAACGAGGCAUUUUCGAGAAAGUUUAGAUAGAAAUUAAACAUAUAUUGCACACAUAUAUAUAUAAUUAACUUAAAUACAAAAUGCAGUAAAUUCUUGUUAUUUCGAAUGGAGUUAUUUUAAAAUGCUAAAUAUGUUUUCUUGCCAUCAACAUUUAUACCCACCGAAUUCAUUGUUUUCAUAUUGUGUGUGUGUGUAGAGUGGGUGAAUUUACCAAUACAUCGGUCUGAUGUUA